UAGUUAUUUCAUAAUAUAUUUACUUAAAAACCAUGGAACCUAAGACGGAGCUUCAGAAGAAUGCCAUUGCAGAGGCUCGUAGCAAGGAGCUCAAUGUAUACCAGCGUGCUUUGGACAUGCAAUGGUUGGACAGCCGCAUGGCGGACGGUCGAAUGGGCCGCUGCCUGGCGCUCAUUCAACGGGAAGCUGAGAUGGAAAGAGAGUUUCAAGAAAGAACAGACCAUGCAGCUAUUGUAAAUGCCAGAGCUGAAAGAGAAACAAAAUUGGGCACAGAAGUAGCCAAUGUUCGUCGUGAAGAAGUCUGCCAAUUGUUACGGCGACACUACUUACGAGAGAGAGACCCGAGCCUCAGGGACCUUGCUCGAAAACUACAAGCCGGAUAUGUCUGCAGAGAUAUACAGCAGCAAAUUAUAAAUAAUGAGUACAGAAGGUUACAGGAAAAGGCAGAAGAAAUGCGUGCAAACAAUAUUCUGCUGAAUGCUCUGGCCGAUGACAAAGAAGCAAUGGCUAAGGAGGAGAAAGAGAAGAUGGACCGGACUUCACAAUAUUGUAAGGAGUUACAACAGCAGUUGGUGAACAGACAUCUGCAGAAACAAUGUCAGUAUGAAGAUUCUUUGAUUGAGAAGAAGAUGCUUGAGGAUAUUAUACGCACUAUUUCGGAUGAGGAUAAGAAGGAACUGCAACAGAAGCGUGCCAUUACUGAGAGGAUGCGACAUGAGAUGAAGACAUUCCUCCAAGCUCGUGACGCUUGGAAGCAGAAACAGAAGUUGAUGGUCAUCCAGGAGGAAAAGAAUAUUGAGGAGCAGAACAAGAUGGUCACUGAUAGGAGUUCUGCAAUAUUAGCAGCACGGGACGAACGGAUGCGUAAGAAAGAGGAAUUCACUGAAAAAAUGUCUGCAAAAAUAUUGGCCGACGAUGCUAAACGUCAGGACCGUAUGAACACAAUAAAGUUGCUACAAGAACAAGAGUAUUUAGAGAAGAACUUCCAAGACGAUAUAGCGGAGAGGAACAAAGCGGAGAGAGUCCGCCAUGACACGUACACCGCGCUGACCAAGCAGAUCGAGGACCGACGGCGACAGACUAGUGACGGGAAGCAACGGGAGGCUGAGUAUAGGAAGCAGGUUGAAGCGAAGAUCGCGGCAGACUUGGCGAAGGAACGUGAAGACCUACAGAAGAAGAAAGAGAAAGGCAAGCUCUACUCGCAGGAGCUGUUGAAGCAGAUCGAAGCUAAUGCUAUAAAGAAGAAGCGAGAUACUGAGAUGGAGGAACAACGAACUGUCUAUGUCAAGGAGUAUGAUAGAAAGUGGCGUGAGGAAGUAGCAAAGGAACGAGAGAAGAUGGUAUCGGAGCACGUCCCCGGUCUGCUCGGGUACGUGACGGCGGGCGCGCUGCGCCACUCCGACCUGGGCGCGCUGCGGGCCGUCCGCCCUCACCUCGCGCACCUCGACGUGGACCGGCUGGCCACCGCCCGGCCACCACAUCGCUUCGGGAAAUGUAACCCGCAGUGCAGGAUGCUCAGGGAGUAUUAGAAUGUAUUAGUUCGUUGACUCUACUACUCAGAUUAUGUCACCAUCAUCAGGUAGAAGACAUCCCAUCUAUUGCUGGACAUAGGCAUCCUUCGCUACCAUUGGUUGCUUGAUUCUCCUCCCUCCAUGGUGUUUAACACCUAGACUGCGUCCUAGCGCGCAAACACCUUAUAGGUGCCCCUUAUUUUUUGGCGUUGCUGUCACUAUAGGCAGUUGAGCACGCCUGUCUCGCGACAGUGUACUAUAAUCUGGCGCCGGCUUUGCAUUUAACUGUCUGCCAUUUUAACGUGAGCCAAUAAAAUUUGUUUUAAUAAAAGUCUAAAGCUAAGGAAUUAUGGCGCGGUUUUUUUAUGGCAUAAGCCGGUAAACGAGCAGACAAAUCACCUCAUGGUAAGCAAUU